AUGAGUAGUAACAAUAAAGGUAGUGCUUUAUCACGUAUGUUCGGUGGUUCAAAAGGUGGUAAACCAAAAACAGCUCAAACUCCACAAGAAGCAAUUCAACAGUUACGUGAUGUGGAAGAUGUUCUUAAUAAAAAGGUCGAACAUUUAGAAGCAAAAAUCAACGAAGAAACAGCUAUAGCUCGUCGUGAUGCACGAACAAAUAAACGAAAUGCUUUGAAUGCACUUAAAAGAAAAAAACGUUUAGAAAAAAGUUUACAACAAAUCGAUGGUACAUUAACAACGCUUGAAUAUCAACGUGAAGCGUUACAAAAUGCAGCUAUGAAUGGUCAAGCAUUUAGUGCGCUUCAAGGUGCUACAAGUGCAUUAAAAAAUGUUCAUAAAGAACUUGAUAUUGAUAGUGUACAAGAUAUAAUGGAUGAAUUAGCUGAACAACAUGAAUUAUCGAAUGAAAUUGCAAGUGCUAUAUCAAGUCCAGUUGGUUUCGGUGCUGAUAUUGAUGAACGAGAAUUAGAAGAUGAAUUAGCAGCAUUGGAACAAGAAGCACUUUCAGAUCAAAUGACUCGUGUUGAUUUACCAACAGUUCCAGCUCAUUCAAUUCCAGCUUAUGCACAACCAGCAGCGAAAGUAUCAAGCAAAGCAAAGAAUGAUGAAUUAGCUGAAUUAGAAAAAUGGGCAUCAUAA